GUUAUCAGCGUUUUCUGUUCGGUUUUCGCCAGCUGGACUGGCUGAAAUGAUCUCUGAUGAACUGUCAUGAUGUUCCUCAAUGGCAUGAGUAGAUAUCUCAAAAUAAAAACUUUGGUUGGGCACAAAAACUGGGGAGCACUCACGGAGUAUUGUUUUGCGCCUUACAAAAUUGACUCCAAAGGAUUCCGGUUAAAAAUCUCGUUAUGUUUGCAAAUUUUUCCAAACACGGGUUUUAUUUUGAGACAGAGGGAGUAUAUGUUAAGUAUACACGACGAUAGCUUUGCAAAGAUGCGACAUCAAAUUCUCAAACAUAGAUGCUGCUUGGAUGUACUAUGACAGAACAAUACAUUUGGCUCUCCCCAAAAAAAAUGAACAAGCUGCAACCUCUCCGAGAUGAGUAAAGCUGACGCAUCACAGACACUCGACACCUCGCAUGCUAUCAAAGCUCCUCGCUCAAAUGCAAUUGCAUUUAUCGAUAUGAAAAAUGAGUCUGUGAUAACAGGUCCCGAUUCCAGACCGCGAAAUUAUCGUAAAAUGGACAAUGAAGUCCGUCACUGUAGGUCAUUACAUAUAUAUACUUUCAGAGACAUGAAUCGCAUUAUAGCAGUGCAGUUGAAGAUGAUAGAACGUAACUAGUCGUGGGUACUUUGCAUAAUGUGAUUGCUCUAUGAUUUGCAAAGCUACACGUACUUUCUCCUUCGACAUCGAUAGCACUUAAUCUAAUAAUCUUCCGCUCUAACCGACCCUGGACAUUGAAGUCAGGAGUUUGUUGGAAAUAGCUUGGUGUUGAAAUUUCCGGCUGGACGACUAUGAGAUUUGGGGCAGGAUAAUUGGGAAAAUGGGAAAAUGGAGAGUGUUCGAAGCGCAAGAUAGUCUGCUUCCUCAGACCGUGAAAAAAUUGAGUGUCGAAGCCUGCAAUAAUUUGAUCUCCUGCGCGGAAAGUCCUUUAACAAAUUUGAUUUUUUGCUUUUCUAGCGAAAAUGAACUCUCUUAGAGAAAGACUAUUUAGUGCAAGUCGCGAGCAUUAACACUGACAGAAUAUUUCGCCGAAGAAAUCAG